AUGGAGAAUUUCCUGAGGCUGCUGAGGGAGCAUGGGGACAGCCACUCUCCUCCACAAGAGCUGGUGACUCUCGCAGGCAAGCUGUGUCGGGACUUCCAACACAACCCUGUUCAGGUGUUAUCUUUGGUGGAAGCCAUUCUGGACAGCCAACAUCGUUGGCAUCUGCUGGAAAAUGCAGAUGUGGCACUGGUGUGCACCCAGGUCCUGAUCCAGCAGGAGCAGCAGUUUUCAGCCCUCCAGAUUCUAGAGGGGUGUCGGGUGCCAGGAGGCAGUAAGGAGCUGGUACAACUCUGGAAUGACAUUCACUACCACCUAACCAUGAGGAAGCUGGGUGUCACCAUGCUGAGCCCAGUGCAGAAGUUUCGCUGCAGGAAGAGGAACCCCCCACCUCCUACCCUCUGCCCUGCGGGCCCUAAGAGCCGGAACUUCCUCCCAGAGAUCCGCUGCCAUCUGCAGAACUUUGCCACAGGUGUGAGCACUUAUCCCAAGAAGGCCCAGUUGAAGGAACUGGCUUUGGAGACUGGCUUGACUCCUGAGCAAGUGUACAACUGGUUUGCCAAUUAUCGGCGACGUCAGAAGGCUUGUGCCCUGCACAUUGAAAAUCAGGAGGCCACAUCAGAAGUCUCCAGUGCAAGUAAGAGUGGUCCUGAAGCACUGCCACUUUCAGAACACCAUCAUGAGUCUGAAACUGUGUCUCAGUGGUCACUCUGUGGAUGUGAGGGGUACCAGGAGGAGCUAAGUUACCAUCCUGUCAACCUCACGUCCAUAUGUCCUGCCCCUGGCCUCUGUUCCCUGGCUGCUAGCAGCAACAUGCUUGAUUCCUCUAUGGCCACCCCUGAGUCAAGGAUGAUGUCCCUUGCACUGUCAUCUUCCAAGGAAGUUUUUCUCGACAUGGGGCAAAUGGACCAUAAAAACCAGCUGGAUUCUGGGAUGGAUCCUGAAGAUGCCCCCAUGGCCAUGGCCUUUGCUACCCUUAGCAAUCCCAGCCAUACAGAAUUUAUUGACCUCCACAGUAGUUGCUUCAAGAGCUUAUACCCAGAGGAUAGUCCAGGACUGAGCAGUGGGGAGGCAGCUUCCACUGAAGGCUCCAAAAUUCAUCAUCCCCACAGUUUUCUAGAGGUGUCACCAGCCUCAUCUGCCAUGCCAGCACCUGUAUCAACCAUGGAGCUAUGCCAAACCUUGCCCUCCAGCCAGGUGAGACACUCUGAGGUUUGCAUGGUUCUUCUCAGAGGUAGUUAUCCUGGGCAGUGCAGUGGCCUGACGUCCAGACCUCCUUCUUGGAAUGCUUUCUGGAGAGCCAUGAUGCUUUUUGAGUUUUCUCAGUGCAGCCUGGGCCAAACUACCCACGAGGAGAUGGGCCAGCACAUGGAAUGA